AUGGUUAACCUCGGACCUUCCGGCCGGUGCCAUACUUGCAGAGAGCGGCGCGUCAAAUGCGAUGAGGCGAAACCAGAGUGCCACCGUUGUAUAAAGGCCGACAGGAACUGCGGGGGCUAUGAGAAGCUACCUCGGCCAUUCAAGAUCCAGGAUCAAACCUAUAAAUUUUGCAGAGCAUCACCACGACCAGCAGACACUGGUUCAGGCAAAGCUGGAACUCCAGACCGAGGGCGGCCUUCUAUUUCGCCACUAUCGUCAACCGUACCGUUUGGGCCUGAGAAUGAUGCCGUGUCAUUCUUUUUGGGCGACUGUUUGGGGGGCCGCAGCUUUGACUCUUCUCAUGGACUCUUCGAGGUGAUCAUGCCGCUGCUCAACUCGGAGCCCAAAGACUCGGCUUUAUCUACAGCUGUCGCCAGUGUCGCCUCAAAGUACUUUGUCCUCUGGACAGAAGGACCGAAAGCUUUCCUGCUGCCCGAUAAGAGUCUCAACCACAGCCUAGCCCGUCUUCGAGCAGCGAUACAAGACCCCGCCCAGAGAAGCCAGCCUAGCACGAUCCUUGCCGCGUUGAUACUCCAUUGGUACGAGAAUGUGUCCAGCGUCUUUGGCGGUCGCAAGGUCUUACGCCAUCACUACAAUGGCGCACUGUCGUUGCUUCCGGUCGCCGAGUACAUGCCCGAGCAGACAACGGCGGGGAGCUGGACGGGGUAUAUGGCAAGAUACUUGAUCCACCUCGAGGUUUCGCUGGCACUGCGCGAAGGCAGACCGCUUUCGGAACGGACCCUCGCGCAGGCGAAAGCCAGACAUGCGACCGUGAUGCCGAACCCAAGCUCGAUCCUCGAUGACCUGGGUGCGGAUAUUGCCGACUUGCGAUUCAGAUUCAUCAGAAUGUCAAAAUUGAAAGCUCAGUCGGUUUCGCACACAUCCAGGACAAUAUGGUUUAAUGACGCCUUGAAAACACAUCUGGGACUGUUGGCCUGGGCUGAGUGCGCUCCAGCCGACUGGCUUCCGCUGAGACUUCGAAGUGACCUAGACUUCGACCCGUCCAUCAGCAGCUACAUGAAGAUGUGCGACGUCUAUCCUUCCUGCCAGAUAGCAUCUGUGUGGAACUUGUGGAGAUGGUAUCGCUUGUUGCUCUUACAUAUGCUGCUGGCUCUGCAACAAGGGGUGUCGAUUUCAAGAUACGAGUCUGAACCCGCUGCCAUCAUGAGCGUAGCCGAUUGUCAAGAUGCGAUGCAGCAAACCAUUGACGAUAUAUGUUUCUCGCUGCCAUACUUCCUUGGGAACCGAACGCGACCAUCGAGCAUCGCCGACUUCACUAAUCAAGCAAUCGAGUUUCCCAGUCAUCACUCACUGCCCCCCGGCUCACCAAGGCGCCGCAGAAUAGAAACCGAGCAUACACUAUCGAAAGAUGAGCACGAGCGCCACGUCAUAGCUCAAGGAUCGUGGCAUAGCAUGGGGCCUUUAUGUCGACUAUUGAAUCUGUUCGCUGGCGAGCAUGGCUGGGUUGUCACGGAUGCGCUGCGGAUUGGCCAACAGGACUGGAUCUGUGAACAGUUCCUUCGUGUCACAACUAUACUCCGGCUUCCCAUUGAAGACUUUGUCGACAUUGAAGAGGUUGCUGCGCUUGACUUUGGUGAUGCCAGGAUAAGCGCUGGGUACAUCGCACUGAAACUGCACGAAGGGCUGAAUAUCAUAGGAGGUACUUAG